UUCCCUUGAUUUCUCUUUACCCUAAAUCAGUUUGGGCAUCUUUUUUCCUGAGCUUGUCGUCCCCAAUCCAGAAUUUUCAGGUUCUGCACCAAGAUUCCCCUUCUUCCGCCACCACGCCGCCGCCGCCGCAACCGCCACCGCAUACUUCCACUCCGUAGUGAACUAGGAUUUGCAAAUUGGGGCGAUUUUACGUACGCUUUUUCUCAAUUUCGCCGCUCUUUUCCCUCUCGGUUUUAUCUGGUGGUUAUUUUCCGCUUCCUUUCGUUCCUGGAGAUGCUGUGCAGAGGAGUUGUUACGGUGAAGGAGAGCAGAGGAGGAGAGGUUGACCUCCGGUGACUAAAUUGUAGAGCUCGUUACUGCACAAUCACCGGCCCUAAUUGAACACUUAACUUCCUCGUCGACCAUUAACCGAUCGCCCCCACUAUUUUCCUUCCUCUCUACCUACCAACCUUCUCUACGCUGACAGCGAAGGGAGUUAGUGGGAAUGAAUUUAGUGAUGAACAACAACCACCCCAAUUUGGGGCCGGUUUUACUAGAUCCGUCGCCGAUGGGAAUCAUCGGCGAGAGCUUAGGUAAGCCGUCUAUCUAUUUCUCGGCUACUGAUACUCCUUACCUCGCACCUCGCCUAGGACACGUCAUUGUUGGAAAAUUCCCCCUCUCAAUCCCCACCUCCCAACAUAUCCAAAACGCUUUUGCUAACAUGAAUUUUGUUGGGUCGUGUUCAUGGAAAUAUUUAGAUGAUAGGCAUGUUCUCAUUGAACUGUCUGAUUUUACUGACUAUGUUAACUUGCUUAAUGGACCUAAUGGCAUACCUGUGUGGUUCAUUGAACAACAUCCUAUGCGUGUGUUUGAAUGGACAACUGAGUUUGAUCUGUCAUUUGAAUCCCGUAAUGUUGGUGUUUGGUGUAGUCUAUUUGCCUUGCCUCUGCGUUUCUUUGAUACUGCCACCCUAUUUGCAAUUGGUAGAAUGUUUGGCAAUCCUAUUAAAAUAGAUCACGCGACUAUCACGCGCUCUAGAAUAUCCUUUGCUAGAAUGUGUGUGGAAAUAGACAUAUCCAAACCACCACCAAAAAAGUUUGUGCUUGAUAUUGGUGGACGUGAAAUCACCCGAAGGGUGAAAUGGGACAAGAUCCCUCUGCUUUGCAUGGAUUGUCGAACUGUGGGGCAUUCAAAGGUGACAUGCUGCAAAGCUUUUAGGAAGAAAAGAAAAAGACCAAUCCCUCUGUUUCGCAUGGAUUGUCGAAAUGUGAAGCAUUUAAAAGAGACAUGCGGCAAAGUUUUUAGGAGGAAAAGAAAAAGACUAAAGAGAGACUAUAACAAAGCUGUGCAAAUGCCCAUUGAUCAAACUACAAGAAGAAAACCCACCAGAUCUGCCUUCACAGGAGCCACGGAUUUGGGUAUUGGUAUGCAAUGUGAGACGUUGCACGGUAAUGAAGAGGACGACUUCAUGCUACCAAAUCCACUGCGACCUAGGAUUAUGAGGUCCCUUCUUGUGCAAUGGCAGCCUCCAGAUCAUCCCUGGGUCAAGCUUAACACUGAUGGCUCCUUUGCCGCAGGAUCGGGGCAGGCAGGAGGUGGAGGACUGGUGCGGAAUUCAGAUGGCAUGCUCCUUGGUGCCUUCUGCACCCCCCUCGCCGCUACUUCAGGCUUUGAAGCGGAGCUUCUUGCUCUAUGUCAAGGUUUGUUGAUGGCAAAGGAGCAUGGGGUCCAUGUUUGGAUUGAGCUUGAUGCGGCUGCUAUUGUCACCCUGCUUAAAUCAGGGAAGCAAGGCCCAACAGCUCUCCGACACACAAUAGUUCAGAUCAGGCUUCUCCUUCGGCAGAUUCAAUACAAGAUCACUCACAUACCCCGUGAAGGCAAUCGCGCAGCAGACUUUUUGGCAAGCAGCGGGACCCAAACCUCUGACCUCACUGUUUAUGAUCAUAUUUCCGCGCCACCAAUUCUGACGGCACUUGUUAGGAUGGACCAAUGGGGUUAUCCUAACCUCAGAUUUAAAUUUGAGGAUGGGUAAGACCCCCCCAUCGUUUUGUGGCAGCUGGGUAUAUCAUGUUUUCUUUGUGGGGGAUUGACCACUUUUGGGUCGUUCCUAUGUAUAUUUCUCAUAGUCGUGGGGGAUUUCCCACUUUAUGUUGUUCCUAUGCAUGUUUGCUACUUUGUUUACCAAAGUUGUAGAGUUGGUUGGUGACCCGCCAUCCUUGGAAAUAGUAGAAAGUUGGUAUUUUGGUUUUGUCUGCAACCAUCACCGCUUGGUCGUUUAUCCUGACAAUAACCAACCUUAAUCAACAUCUCUGGCUAUAUACGUACUCUCAUGAACUUUUUAUCUUUAUUGAAAAGUACUGUUAUUCCUAUUUUUAAUUUUGUCCUUCAGCACACACGCGUUUCACCUUCUGAACCUGGACAACGGUGAUAUCUCUGUCCGUGCAGCAGCCUUGGAUGCUCUACGUGUUGCCAUCUACACCUAAGACGGGAAAAUGCACCGCCACAUUUGCUGGUCUGCUUUCCUUGUCGCUAUUUUCUAUUACGAUUUUCACAGUAAUUCUAUGUUUGAUUUAGUUAUACUCUAGUACUAUUCUGAUGGGAAAGUGCAUUUAUGCAUAAUCUAUUUUAUGUCAUUGUUGUCACACCUGAAGAACAUUCAUCAAAGGAGGAGGGUUGUGCUUAUUA